AAUCCGGUCUACUCUGUUUCUCUGUUCAAGUUUUACGUGAAAAUUUCCUCCAAACUCAGCUGAACUACCAUAUACAAUAUCUUCUUCAAAAUGGGCGCUGAAACUUUCCUGGAAGUGAUCCUAGCAAUUCUUCUUCCACCCGUUGGAGUUUUCCUUCGUUAUGGCUGUGCGAUGGAAUUCUGGAUAGAUUUGUUGCUGACAAUUUUGGGAUAUAUACCAGGAAUCAUAUAUGCACUCUAUGUACUUGUUGGAUAGUUGAAUAGUUUUGGUAAUCAUUUUAACUGACAUGUUUAAUUUACAUCUUUAAAAUAUAUAUAUAUAUAUAUAUAUAUAUAUAUAUGGAUGUUAUGUUUCUUUA